GACGAGGCUGUGCCUAUACGUUAAUAGGUGAACUUUUGGUCCAGAUACCUGCCAGAUGGUUUAUUGACGUACGGCCUCAAUAAGCAUGAUGUAGGAUCGAACGACUUCGCGCCCGACCCGUUCGCAUCAGACGAUAGUUUAGAUGUUUUCUCAUCCGAUCAUCCGUUCCUGUUGACCACGGCUGAGGAACUGGACACGAUGAGUACGGGUGAAGAUGAACCAUCGUCUGGUUUAAAUGGAAGGUUGAGACCGAGAAAAUCUACCAUCUCUAGCCCUCAAACAACCAAGACUUUACGCAAACCGGACUCCAAACCUGCCCAAGAAAGACCUAAAAGAACUCUCACCCUGUCCAAAGUUUCUCCAAAUAAACUUGAUGAUCUCACUGACAAGUCUGAUACACCCAUUAUACAAAUUCUUUGCCCAUAUUGCGAUAAAUCUUUCUUUUCAAAACAGUCAGUUGCUAAGCACGUAAGGCGCAUCCAUAUUUUAACCACGAAACAAGAUAAUGUUCUUAAUUGCUUGUUUUGCAAUCACUUCGAAAAUGACUCCAAUGACAUUAUUCGCCACAUGGUCGAUAAUCAUCCGAAUCAAUACUUUGCAUGUUACGAUUGCCAUACUAGGUUUCCAUCUACUACAGAACUAGCAGAACAUAAACUUAAUGUAUGUGAGAAGCCGAAGUUGCCGUAUCGUAAAAAGUUGCGUCAGAAAACGACACCAAAAAAGAACCAAAAGACUUCGACUAGUAACGGAAAAGAUGACUUCGAUCACGAUGACAAAAAUUAUUCUGGACAUACUUUUAAUGGCAUCGUCAUAUCUUGCGAACUCAAGCCCUCUCAUCCUAACGAUCCAAUCGAUAUUGAGGAUAACAUAACAACGAAUUUGAUAUUGCCUUCUAGCAAAAAUUUAGGAAACGCUAAUGUAAUUGAAAAGAAUGCAAUAAUUGUCCUCGACGAUUUGCAAUGGAACAAAAGGAUCCCAUCGAAUUUCUCUUUUCAUAACACAGACGCUGACCAAAUACUUUCUAGACUGGGAGUGGUUCACAGGUCACCUAGAACUGGAGAUAUUAAUAAGAAGGAUUGGUCCAGGCAUAUUGAUGAUGCCCAUCAGAAAUUCGAGAAAUGUUUCGAUACGAGUUUCUAUUCGAAGGUGGCGAGCAAUGUUCAAGAGAAUUUAACUAAAUUUCUCGAUGGUUCGUUUAAUUUUAACCCGGAUCCGGAAAAUACUAUUAAAACUAGAAAAGCAAAAAACAGCGUUCCGAUCAACACCGUGGAAGGAUUUCCCAUCCUUCUAGCAAGCGAACAGUUCUCUAGAAAUGUUUUUGAUGGCUAUUUGCCUAGGACCAUUGCGCCAAAGCAUAAGUGGAAAUGGGACAAUCUUGAAAGUGACAAAAAUUUGAUGAGUCCUGAACAAAUAAAACGCGACUCUCACACUAAUAACUGCAUUAUUACAUUGGUAUCCAGCUUGGACAUAUGGACUCAACUAUGCAUGAGGCGUAAAUUUGAGGAGAAGUUCAGAACUUCACCCAUAGAGAAAAAAACAGAAAAACAAAGUAUCAUAGGAAAAGAAUUAAAAGAGAUAUUAGAAAGCAGGGAACUACCGACGUCAUCUUCUCAGGUAGUAAAAUAUGCUAGUCCACAAUUGCAGACACGUGAUAAUUCUGACUUUCCAGCCUCGCUUGGCUUAGUACCGAAUGUGCCGAAUCAUGAUUUAAAACCGGCUGUUCUUAGUGGUGAAUGGGUGAGACCGCGGUGCUAUGUUUGUUGCGCUUGUGGAGCACAAACACGUGAUUCUAAAGCACUCUCGUCCCAUAUUUCGACUCAACAUCCUAACGCUCAAAUUCAGUACUAUGAAAUUGUUGGCGAGGUACUCUUGAAUUCUGAUAUUUUGAAGCAUUUGUAUGUACCUCCAAGUCAGCUAAAUAAUAGAACCCGACCACUUCGAGGAUUUAGAGAGUGCACAAAAUGCAAAAAAGGAGUGUCAUUGGAAGACCUACACCAACAUAUGUUAGAUUGCGCCGGAGAUACACCAACAGUGCGCAGAAAAUGUAGACAUCGUCCCUUCGGAGUUCGAAAACGUCGUCCUCGAUUACCAGAUAAUACAAUACGUAAAGAAAUGCGUAAAGAUAUUCGACAUCAGCGACAUAAUCGAAAGACGCUUAUGAGGCCCAGGCCAAAAAUAAGGUCGGAAGUAGGGGACGCUGAAACUAUAAGGAAAAUGAUAGCAGAUUUGCCUGCCAAACGUCAUCGCGUCAUUGUCAAUCCGUUAAAUCCAACUUUGCGGCCCCGAAGAAAACUUAAUAAACAAAGGGCUAAACUGGUUAUGAAGAAAAGACCUAUUGAUGAAAUGACAAAGAAAAUACACUCAAGUGAUAAGUCACUCGAAAAUACUUCAAAUAAGAACCGAGAUUGUCAAAAAAGUUUAAAUCAGUCUGAGAAACCGGGUAAUAAUUCUUCUCAGCCAAUUAAUGUGCUACUAAAACGUGCAGCUUCAGGAAGUUUAGGCCAAAAAGGGUCUCUACAGAAGAAAAAUGCGGUAGUUAAAAACAAACGCAAAACUUUCGUGCCUAAAUCAGCUAAAACAAAUACCGAUACCGAUACCUCAGAUCUACCUGAGGAACCUACUGAAAGCGACAGUAAUAAAAACAUAGACCAACUGUCUUUUCAAAGUAAUUCAGAGCGGAUAAAUCUUAAUGAUGGUUCUAAUAACAUGAGGGAACAUGGAAAUACUAAUAAUGGAUCAAACAAAUACAACAAUGACGAACGUCCUGGCUGUAGUGGACAAAAUAGCAAUUCUAGAGACUCGUUUACACCAUCUCAGAACGUCCCUUUAAAACAUUCGAUUGCUCGCUUAACUGCAAGCUCCGAAACUCAUGAUAAAUCUGUUCAAUUUCAUCAAUUGUUUCUAAUGAGACAAGAGUGCAACAAUGCCGAUCAACAUUUGCCUUCGGGCCAAACAACGCUUUUUGAAAACGAAGCUGUUGUAACUAAGUUAGACAAACCUCCUUUACACUUUAGCCAUUUGGAAAUGUUAGACCCGCAGGGUUUUCAUAGAAACAAGCUCAACAAGCCUCGUAAAGGGUUAAAUGAUUGCAUUGCAAUGCUUAGGAAUAAACUGGUCGAACCAAGUUCCAAUACAUUACCAGGGCAUGUGUCUGUUCAAUGUGGCAGUGAUGAGCCGCUAGACCCAGAUCCCGUCGUAAUCGAAAGAAGACAUUCUACAGCUGAUUUAAAUAUUGUAGAGUCGGCUCAAAGGUCUUUACAAAUGUUUUAUCCCAAUAAAACUGUGGAUGAAAUUUCCUUAAGCUAUGAGCAGCAUUUAACCACAAGCAGUCGCGUAACACGACGAUCUUCUACACGUCAAAGUAUUCACCGAGAAAAAAUCGCAGAUAUCCAAUCCAGCGAUUAUAUGUAUUGGAGCCAGUUUUAUCAUAAUAAACAAAUGUUGACUGCGGCUACCAAUAAUAAGUAUAAUAAAAGAGAAUCGACACGUCGUAGAUCUGUUGUUUCGUCAGAUGAAUUGUUAUUGCAACAUGCUAUGAGUAUGGAAUUAUUAGCUAAUGCUAGUAGAAAUUUCAGUAACGUAAUUGACUAUCAAUUUCCUAAUAUACUGACACCACUGAAAGCACCAAGGAAGAGUCGGCAGGAGGUACAAAAAACAAGGCCCAGUCCAACAAAACCUAAAAGUAACACCCCCAGGUCGCGGCAGAAAAAAGUUGAAGAUUCGAAUAAUUCAUAUGGGAACAGUAAUUCAAAAAUACCAGAUGUAGAGUUACAAACGAAAACCGUGCAUGAUAAUCGUUAUGAGAACAAUAUAGCAAAUAAUAUUAACAAUACCUCGGUAACGGAAAAUAUUGAUCGCCCCUACUUGCCAGGAAGAGUUGAAGAUAAAACCACUGAUCUAAAUAUUGGAAAAGCUAUUGUACAUCCCAGUAAGUUGCCGGAUGAGCAGUUAUCUUCAAGCAGAUGUCAAAACGUACCUGUGAUGCAAUACCCAAAGAAAUAUGAUAUUGUCCCUGUUCGUUUCACUAUUCCCAUAGCCUCUACUAUGACAGCCCCUCUCGAUCUUACUAAAAAAAUAGUCGUGGACGAUUCUCCACAUCACGUACCUAAACAGCAAUGUUUUGUUGAACCAUAUGUCAAUCGUAUUGAAUCAUUAAAUUUAUCUAACAAACAGACCCAUAACUUUGAAGAAAAAGAACUACGUUCUAUUAGGGACAGAACAGUUGACUUAGGUUUUACAGACAAAACUCAACCGUUAUUAUCUCGUUCAUCACAUUUACCACCGAAUGAUAAUAUAACUCAUUUACCCGACUUAAAACGUAUGUAUGGUCGCCCCAACACUUGUCGAUCUGAAGCGGUCGAUUGUAUACCAACUGAUUUAUCUAUGAAAAGAAAUGAUACGCCAAUGACUUCUUGUGAAAAGAGGCGGAUAAAUGACAAAAUUGUUCCAGAUAUAUCACACCCAAUAAGGCCUGUGCAAAACAUUUGUCUGAUAAUUCCCCGGAGGGAUGAUUUGGCUGAUGCGGAACCCACUGAUUUGUCUAAUUGGAAGUCAGAGAGCAGAACUAAUGGUGUCUGCUUAUCAGAAGAACAACACAUUCGCUCAAAUGUGUGUUCAAAUAAGACAAAUCAUAAUGAUGAAGAAUUACCAAAGGAAUUAUCGGGAAGAAAUCAAGAUACAAUUCCUACUAAGUAUUAUAUAGACGAACAAGGCAUACCACAGUAUUUAGAACGAGUGGUUGCAAAUAAUUUAGAUCAAAGACCUCACAUUGAUUCGGAGCAAAUGAUAAGGGCUCAUUAUAAUCUUGGACCAAGAAUUCCGAUACAAGUAAGUGCUCCAGAGCCUAGACCAGUUAUCCCAUAUUCUGAACCCAUAUUAAACGAAACACAGAGAAUCUCUCCUUCAAACUUAUUAUCACCACCUGUAACAUCUGAUUUUCCAAUUUCAAUAAGAAGACCGUCCAUAAAUGAAAAUAUUUCACACAGUGAAGUAAAUUACGCGAUUUCCGAAAUGCCACUACGUUUUUCACCUAAACCUGUUGAUGAGAAUAAUAUGUGCAGUUUAGUGCGUCGAAAAUCCGUAGCCAGAGACUAUGAAUAUGAAAGUACAAUGUCUGCUUGUACACCACAAUCGUUUAUAGAAACAGAUCUAUCAAGCACGAGUAUGGCUGACAAUAUUAACGGACACACACCCACAGCAUACACAGUAGCUGAUCCAGUCAAUCCUGCAACAACUGUAUACAAUUCUUGUUCGACAUCUGUAACACACGAAUCUGUUGACAGCGAAAAGUUGUCUUGUGAGAAUGAAAUUGUAGAAGAAAAGCAACAUUUGCUGAAGGAGAAAAGUCCAGUGUCUAAUCGUAAAACAGACUCAACAAAUGAAAACAAAGAAACAUUAAAGGAGAAAAAUAAUUUAGAGCAAGAUCCAGAAACAGCUAGAAAAAUAGCAAUGCUGCCUAAAGAACUUGUAGAAAUACUAGGAAACAUGCCAGUUGAUCAUCGCAAUCAACUUCUCAACGUCCUACCACAAUAUGUAUCGUCAUCAACGUCGUCUGUAUUAUUGUCUCACAAUACUGACAGUUUCCGGCGAGAUUCAAUGUCACCAUCUGCCAGUUCUUCGUUACCUACAAAUAUUAAUAAUCAACUAAAAAUUGAUCAUGAAGCCGGUUUAAAAUCAGAGGAUGGAUGUUCAUUAUUAAAACACACUUCAAAUUCUCAAAUACUACAAUAUGCAGACACAUCUCCUACUGCUGUAUCCAGUUCUAUACUUUUGACACCGCCUACACCCCAAUUAUCGGAUCGCCAUUCCAAUCAAUCGCAUGAAAAUGAUGACGCAAAGAUGAUUGAAUAUAGAAGAGAGUCACGAGCUUCUGUUGAUGAAGAAACACCUCAGAAACAUAUCGCUUUCGAAGCGAUGUCGAUAGGAUCAUACACAGUUGACGAGUAUGGUGGAAAAGGCCGCGAUAUUGAUUUGACUGCUGAUAAGAUUUCGGCGGAGAAUCGUGAAGUUUCGCUUAAUUGCGAAUCACUUACAAGUUCAAGCAUUCACUCUUCAAAAGAUAUAUCAAGUUUAAUGACAACUCCUAAAUCAAGGGCACUUAAAACAAAUAGUGAAAAAACAUCUAGUCUAAGAGCAGUGAGAAUAAAGACAUCUUCUGAAAGACAACGAUCUGUUUUAGCUGAAAGUACAACAAUGAAGAAAAAUAUUGACACUGGAUCACAUUUAAUUGAAGAAGAGCGAGCAAGUAAAGGUUCUCUUACCACUAGCCCCAAAGCUAUUCAACAAGCUGAAAUAAGUAGUACUCAACAUCAACCAGGCAUGAGGAUGUCACCUCCAGUAUCAAUUAUGGGGGACUCUCGUCCAGAGAAAAAUAUCAAAAACAUGUCUACUGAAAGUUCCGAAAAGGCCAAAGAUGCUGAUUCGGAUUUAAACUAUAUAAUAGCUGACAAACAAAAGAUGGACACAUCUUUGUUAAAUAAAGAAUGUGAUUUAAAGGGUGGUAUAAAAAAAAUCAAUAAAUACCAAACUAUUAAAAAAGAUUUCCUAAAAAGUCCUGAAUCGACAAACAACAUAAAUGAACCAUCUUUAAAAACUAUAAAAGAUUUAAAUUUAAAUACUAAAGAAUCGGAAAGUUUCAUAAAUAAUAAAAUUAUUGUUGAAAGUGAAUUUUUAAUAUCGUCGAGGUCGGAAAAUCCACCGUCCAUUGAUGACGACGAUUCUGAAGAUGAUGUUACCUUGGCUGUAAUUGUAAAGCAGAAAAAUCGUGAUUUUGUUGUCCCAUGCGAUAACCAAAAGUUGUACGAAAAGGAGAAUACCAUAGAAGAAAGUAAAAAAAUCGAACAAAAUACAUCCGUCAAAUUACCAUCUGAUCUCCAAAAGUCCCUCUUACUUUCUUGUAAUAAAACAAUAUCAACUGAUGUAACAAGUUUAAGCGAUGAAACACAAUCAAUAAAGAAUUCUGUCGAUACCUCUAACAAUAUCAACAAUUUAGAAUGUGGUGAAAAUUUUACCAAAGAAAAUGAAUUAUUUUUGAAAAAGAAGGGCAGGAAAGGUCGCCGUGUGAAUAUUUUAGGUACAACAAGGUAUGUAGAACCAAAAGAGCAUUUGUGUAAUACUAAAGAAAUUGACAGUGAACAUGACAUUAAUAAAGAAAAUAAUGUCUCUUCGGAUGUCACGAAAAAUGUGGACGUAACUGAGGAGUCUGCAAAAAGCAAAACAAUUGAGCUAGAUAACAUUCGAUCUACAACAACUAAUUCUAUUGUAACUAAUGACAGAGAUGUUUCUUUACAACCACCUAUGCGAAAAGAAAUAACAAAAACAGAUUUAAAGCCGGAAAACGCUAUUGAAAAUCAUAUAAGCAUUGUAGAUAUCUCAAAAGCAGAUUCUGACGGAAAUAAAUUGUUAAGUACUUCUAAAAUGUUGGUGUCCAGUACUACUGAUAAAGACACUUCGAAUAAAAUAGAACUAAAUGGCGAAGAUUCCAAGAAAUCUAAGUUGUCAGAAAAUUCUAAUAAAAAGGUUGAAAACCCAGUUACUGAUUCGAAAAGUAUAUGUAAUGCUAGUAAAGUUACAAAACCAAACGACAUUUCUAAUACUACAACAGAAUUGGCAAAUGUUGUUGAAAAUAAAAAAGAUACUGAAAUAGAUGACACAAAUGUGACACUUUUACGGCGUAGCAGACGAGGAAAGUCAUUAUAUAAUGAUAAUAAUUCUGUUUUGGGUGAUAAUAUUCAGAACGCUGAUAAUUGUACGCAGCAUAGGACACCAUUAACAAAAAAACAGUUAAUCUUUUCAAAACUUUUACAAGACGAAGAAAAUCAUAACAAACCCAUUUUAUCUACAACUCCUAUUAAACAAAACGUUGAAUCAGUUUCAAUGACUAAAUAUGAAAAUCAGCAAGAAAAUGUCAAUUCCGAAAAACUUAAAAAACUUGUUAUCGGAGAAAGUAAAACAAGCAAGCGGAAAAAUUCGCCGCAAUCGAAAAGGAAAAGUAAAAAGAAAAAGCCAUUAAGUAACAUACAAAGUACAGCUGAUAAACUAAAUCCAGUAGACGAACUUAACAAAGAUUCGAACAGUCAUGCAUCAGAUAAUGUGCCUUCCGAUGGCAUGUUAUCUUCUCAAAUACCACCUAAUGUUCCAAAUACACCUACGAGUGAUCAGCAGGAUCAUAAAAAGUUGGUUGAGAAACGGAAAUCUAUUUCUCCAGACAGAGAGGAUUUGCUUUCAGUUUCCAAGUCUAAGAAAUUUAAACCCAACAAUGAGGAAAACUUAAUCUUACAUACAAAGAUUCCCGAAGAAAAAAAUUCAGAAAAUGAAAAUAAAAAUACUUCACCACCUAUUUCACGUAAUACUACUUGCUAUAAUAAGGCGAUUAGAAGAGCACGCUCGAAAUCAGUCUUUGUAAAGUCAUCUGGAGCAGAAUUGUAUGAUCCCUAUGAUAUAGAUCUAGAAGAUAUGGUCGAUAAGACCGAACCAUUUGUUAGAAAAGAAAUAUGUCCGAAAUCUCGCGUUACCCCUCUUAAAUCGUCAGUUGCAUCUAAGACUCGAAAGUUAAGCAAAACCGUACCUUCCGCCAUCAUAGAUAUUUUGCCAUCAGAUGCAACACCACCAGCAAACACUGAAAUUAACAGAGUUAAUACACAUAAAAUGAACAUUAAUCCUGAAAAUAAUAAUAACUCCAGUGUUUAUGUGAAAGAUGGUAAUAGUGAUUCUGAUGAAUCUUCCAAGAGCGAUGUACCGUUGCAAAAAUACGUAGAAGAAAAAGAGAAAAAAAUGUUGGAAGCACCAUCUAUGACGGACCACACUGAAAAAACAACAAAUAAUGAAACUCAUGGCAAGUCGCGAGAUAAGUUAAAACAACGUAAAAAACAUAAACAAAGUCAGUCAGUCAUAAAUGAUAAGGAGACAAAAGUUGUUAAUGAUAAAACGGAGGCUGAGGAGGAACUACGUUCUGAGCAAUUUAUGGAGAGCUUUGGGUUCUUUUCAGAAAGAAAACCAAGAAAAUCUAAUUUACUUGCGACGAAGAAAAUAACUGAGACAUUCAAUUUGAUUGAAAAUGAUGAUGCUUAUUUUAUGACCAAAGAACGACCUACAAAGAAACCUGCAAAUGAUCAUAAAAAAGAUGGGCAAUUAAAGACAAAGGUUACAGUUUCACCACCUAAAAAAGCUACAAAACGAGGGAGAAGAAAAAGAAGGAGAGUAAAAAUAAAACCAAGUUUCUGUAACAUCUGUAAGAAAGUAUUUCGGAGAUGGGAUAAUUAUGUGAGACAUUUGUUGUCGUUGUAUCAUAUCUCAAGACUCUGUGAAAUAGAACUAAAAGUGAAAACAGUACUGAUUGAAGAAGAACCUAACUAUUUACUUGCCUACAGGCAACAACUAAAUCGAUUAAAAGUACUUCAGAAUAAAAUAGCAAAAAGGAAAAAGAAUUGUUUGUCAACAGCAGAUAUUGUACUACCAACACUAGAAGAAAUUUUAGCUGAUGUAAAGAGAACUAUAAGAGAACAACAACUCUCUCGUCGUAACUUAAGUCGAGAUGAGGCGCUUUUCAUCGAUUGCUGCGAGAUGUUGAAGGAGUCUCAUAAUAGCGACAUGCCGACGGUUCCCAAACGUGUUCGCCAGUGUAACAGUUUUAACUGUGCACUGGCAUGUCAAGAAGAGUUGGCAUUAUUGGAAAAAAGCAUUCUCGAUGACAGGUGUGACAUUAAAUGCGACGAUGAAAUGGACUCAGCAGCAGCCAAGAAGAUAUUAGAAAGUGAGGAAGUUCGCAACUUAGAAAAUGAUCUGAUAUCUAAUUUAAAAGAAGCUAAUGGAAUAACAGGUCCGUUAACAGGAGUUCAAAUCGACUCAUCAGUAAAUUUCACAAAUUGUAUUGCAGACGCGCAAACCGUUUUAUCUAAUUAUGAAAAUAUAGAUUCUAAUAGACCCAAAUACAAAAAACACACCGAAAUUAAAGAGAAGAUGUAUCCCGACAUUGUUGAAAAUAUAGACAUGUUUGAAGAUAAAUUCGAUAAAAUAAAGAGAAAAUGUAGGUCUCAAGCUGCUGCUGCAAAACAAAUCCAACCGCACGUCGUAUCAAACUUAAGGCACAAAAAUCGGAAAAAGUCUGAAAAGAAAAAAAUAAACAAUAAAAAAGCUUUUAAUAACACGGUUCCCACAAAAGCUGCUUUAAAAGGUUUUGAUGGAAUUAAGGUUUCAAUUUUGACUUCGGAUAUUGAUAUGUCCGCGAUUCCACCGCCUGUUGAAAAAGUGCAUAGGAAGAAAAGAAAGAGUGGUUCUAAGAAAAAGAAGAACAGGACAAAUUCAGAAAAAAGUAGUCAUCGCGAAAGUGAUCAUAUUAUUGAGAAGUCGCCACAGAAAAAAGUUGAUGUUUAUGAAUUCAUGGAUACUGAAGACACUGAAGUUUUUGAAUUUAGACCGUCAACUCUAAUGGAAAGGCUUAAGAGCAUCAAUAAUAAGGAAAUGCCGAGUACAUCAAAAUCAAGUAAUGAAGUUGAAUUUGAAAUAUCGAGUGAAAGUGGAUCUGAUGGUGAUGACUUUGUUUAUAUGUCUGAUGACUAUGUUUGUAGUGAUGAUGAAACUGAAAACAGCGUAUUGUCUUGUGAAUUAGGAAAUGUGAAAGGAAUUAAUGAGCCGAAUAAAACGUCAUCUUUAUUAAAAAGGAAAGAGAUUACAGAAAAAACUGCUGUUAUGGGAAAAAUAUUUAAACAUAAUGCAGUGCGUACUGAGAGAAAAAGUACAAAAAAUAGAGACGUUAAGCCAAAAGCUAACCUCGAUCAAUUGUUUGAUAGUUUAUUGGAAGAUGAACCUAAAACGUCUGAUCUGACAGUUGAAGAUGACGAAAAACUUGAAAAAGACGAGACGCCACCAUCGCGGGUUUAUCUCAGCUUGUCGCCUCAAAAAGAUAAUCAGUCAAAGUUUGCUAAAUCAGUAAAACGAUAUGAUCAAGCGUUGACUAUUACAAGUGAAACUGGCUUGUCCAAAAAAUACAGCACACCUUCACCAACUUUACAUCCGUCACUGUCAUCAUUCUCUGUUAGACGAAAAUCUACAACACCACCCAGUAAGUUUGAUACAAAUAUAAUUGCACUUUCAACCUCGGAUACCCGCACUUCUUUAAUCAAACGGAGCGAUGAAUUAAAGAAAUGUGAAAUAAAGGAAAAGGAUACACCAAAGGAGGUAUAUUCGAAUAAGUACGAGUCUCUUUUAACAAGGAGUGACAAUUUCCCUGCGACUGACACGGACAAUACACAACGCCGACGAAGUGACGAGUACUGUUAUGAGAAACAGAAAUCGAAGACUGAGUUGCAAACUCAUACUUCGACCUACACUUUGAAGAAAAAACCUGACAAGAAAAAGAAGGAAGAUAAUGUAUACGAGAGCUUCGACUUUGGCGAUGAAUGCUUCGAUAACAUAACGUCAGAGGACGCCGGUGUCGCUAGACAGAGGGCUCGUAGGAAAUGUACUGUAGGUAAGCAGAACGUUUUAGCUGAAACCUGGAGCUCGGAGUCUGAGCCGGACGGUGCUCCUUCGCGACCUAACAGUGCCGAAUCAGUUAUCGCCAGUAGCGGACGAAAGAAGAAAGGGAGAAAGAAGGAUGGGCAGUCGGGUGGUAGUCGAAAGGUCAGCAGGCCGAUCGCUGUGAAGAACUACGAAAGCAGGGUAGAAAGGGUAGGAGGUAGUCAUCGGGCAGGAAGCGGAGUGCAAGAGAGGCCGCGCUCGCCGCCCUACUACUGGUCGGAGGGCGAGGACGAACACCCUCAACAACACGGCUGGAUCGUGGGCGACAGCCACAAGAAACUCGUCACCAUGUUGGCGCACGCGAAGGGUCGUAAACGCAGUGGCGAUGAGAAACGACACUUGCUCGAGUAAGUUCACGUUACAUAGGGUACGAUAAAUAAAUUCUGUAAAUAUUUUGUACAUACUAUUCUAGCUCUAUGAAUGUCAUUAUUAUGACAUUUCGACCAGAAACUUUUAAAACCUAAAAUUUAAUUAAUUUCAGUU